GAUUCCCAGAACACCGGCUCAUUAACAUCACCAUGUAGCCUUGAGGUCGGUCUUGUGGUGACGCCACGGCCAAGCGUGCUGAUGUAACGGGGCAGCGGAGCACCGACUCACGGGGGAGACCAGGAAGUUUCACCGGGGAGGCUGUCGGCCCGAUUGUCAAGUCCACACACGGUGUUUAUUUGUCAGUAUGUCAGGUUUGUGAAGCGAGGAUAAGAUGUUUCGCCUUGUUGUGAGUACUUUGCGCGUAUCCUUGCGCCAAAGCCAAGACUUCCAGGAGAUCCUACCAGACUCUCUCACUCUCUCUGUGGACACCGAUGGUUACCAAGAGCAGCUGCAGAGUGACUCCCAGUUCCUGUGCUCAGAUCAGAGGAUGGACACUGAGCUGGUUGACAGACUUGUCCUGCAGCUCAACAGGAUCUACCCGCAGAUACUAAGUGACAAGGAAGCCCACAGGUUCAGGAACUUGAGCGUGCCCACCAAGGUGCGGCUAGCAGAGCUCUUGAAGCACCUGCACAGAAAAGGCGAAGAGGCAUGUCAUGAAUUCUACAGAGCUCUUCACAUCCACACAGAGGACAUCUACUCUAGCCUGCCUAGCAGAGUCAGAGAAAGAGAGGUGGCAGAUUCAAAAUGCACUAACGACAAGACAGUUCGGCAAGAGCGAUAUGUGCUUAACGACAGAGGACCAAUGUUCUUCCUGAGCUGCUUCAGUUUUGUAGUUGGAAUUGCAAUACUCUACUAUUAUGGAGACACAGAGGGUGAAACCUUGAUAUGCACUGGAGUGUUUCUUCACUGCUCUGCUGUAAGACUGAGUAAAGAUGCUAGAGAUGUUUUCAUUUCAUAUGGAGAAGUUGGAAAGUAGAAAAAAUGAAAACAUCGAGGCAAUGAGAAGAAGAAGCCAUGAAAAAUGUCUUUUUUCUGUGCCAAACUCAUCAUUUUCCUAAACCACACAUCCUAAUUUAUUUACAAAAGUACUGAUUGGAGGAAUGUAACUUGACCUGACUGAUUCUGUCACAAAUUCUCACAGCGUACAUCUCCUGAAAUGGCAGAACUAUGCAAUGUUCUUCCAGAGUACUUGUAUGUAUGACUCUUGCCUGGAUUUCCUGUUUGUAGACAGCUAUGAAUUUCAUUCUUUUAAACUAAAAUGCUUAAAGCAUAAUAAUAACCAAGUGUAACCGUGCAGCUGCACUCCCACAAAGCUGUUUUCACUUACUGUAGACUGAGUCGGUUGUUUGGGUGCAACAAACCCAAGAGUGGGGGCAAUGAAGUGUAUUUUGAGGAGAGCUUCAAGUAGGAGCACCUGUGUGGGUAGGCUCUUGGUUUGCACUUAAUUUAACAACUUGAAUUUUUCAUUGCUCUGUUUAUUAACAAUUUCACAACAAAGAAUUUUUUAAAUGCACAACAAAUACAUGUAUGAUCACACCUUAGCCCACCUCCAGUGCCUUCUAUGAAAUCUGCAAAAUAAAGGGCGCUCUAAUAGUGUUACUUAUUUUCAAAUAAAGCACAACAAAUUAGGGUCA